UUUCUUACAACAGAAAAAGGAGUGCUAGAAAGAUCGAAUCACAAUGACGACUGUGAUUGUGCAGACACCUCAAAAGAGCGGCUGGAAUUCAGGAAUAUGUGACUGUUGCGAGGACAUGAAUUCUUGCUGCUAUGGGUUCUGGUGCUUCCCUUGCUUUACCUGCACCACUACUGGGAAUUUUGGGGAGACCACCUGUCUGCCUCUGCUGGACAUAUUCGGCCCAGGUAUCAUGGCGGCUUUUGGGGUUCCAGUAUGUGUCCCGCCUGUGUCUCUUGGAAUGAGGGUGGCAGUUCGCCACAAAUACGAUAUUGGGGGCAGUAUCUGUGAGGACAUCAUGGUGACUUGCUGUUGUAUCUGGUGUUCGUGGUGUCAGAUGAGUAGAGAAAUCAAAGCACGCAAGCAAACGGUCACUGUACUGAACACAUAUCCGGUGAUGCAGCACUAUCCGAUGGCUACCUCCACACACGUCAUCUCGACACAGCAGCAGGUUGGAGUGAUCGGUGAUGCAACAUUUGCUCCUGCAGUCCACAUGGCACCAACCGCUAAAACAAAUAUUUAAUAGAAAUACUGCUACUCAUUUAAAUAAUGAUUAUAACAUGAAUAUAUACAGUAGACUAUACUAAUUGAUCAAUAGUGUAAUACAACCUGCAUAAUUAAUGUGUGAAUGGAAUUAAUGUGUGUAUUUGGAAAAUACCUGCAUCUUUCUUUAUUCUC